AUGCCCAAUCAGCGUGUCGUAUGCGCCACCGGACAAUUCGACAAAGGUGAAGUCUUUGGGGCUUCUGGAUCCGUACUCAGCUCGUUGCUCACUAGGAUAUAUACCGAGGUGUGGACAGGAUAUGUGUCGAAAAAGCUUCGAGGGCCUGCAAAUCCAGGGCUUGAUGACCACGCGAGACUGGAGAAGGCCCUUUUCGAGAGAACGUCGACCAAGAUGAAUCGCGACACGUUUGAGUUUGGAAAAGAAGAGGGCCUGAGUAUUGCCGCCGAACCUGCCACCCAGAGGGAGAUGCUUGAAUCUCUCUCGGCCAGAGUGAGUCGCCUCGAAGCGUACGAGGAAGAUAUCAUCGCCGUGCGGUCGGCAGUUCUCGACCGGUUCGACGGAACAGAGUCCACGGCAAAGCGCAACUCGGUCGUCCACGGUGCCAAUGUUCUUGCUGACCUGGAAGCCAUCCGACGAAUGUCAACUGUUGACCCAUCCAGGGCCCUUCGGUGGCGCGAGGCCUUCACCACGCAAUACGGGGUCUCGUACAGCGACGUCGAGAAGCACCUGGUGGGAUCUCCACGGGAGGUGAUCGAAUCACUUAACAUGCGAAUGAACGUCAAGUCCUUGCAUGCGUGGACCAGGUCAAGAAGCGUGUCGGUCAGGCAGACGAAGGAAAAGAUCGAAGAGGCAUGCGACGCAAUUAUCCACGAGUGGCUGAAAUCUGUGCUUCUGGGGAGCCCGAUCCGGUCUGUAUCGCCGGAGAUGAAGGCAUCUUUCCAGGAGACUGAGUUGCUAUAUCGGGGAUUUUCCCUCAAGCACAGGCUCGACGAAGACGGUAUUUGA